GAUCUAAGCACCAUGGGAAAAGAACACUAAGAUUUUUCAUCAUGAUUGGAGGCCUGUUCAUUUAUAAUCAUAAAGGAGAGGUUUUAAUCUCUCGAGUCUACCGAGAUGACAUUGGGCGGAACGCGGUGGACGCCUUCCGGGUCAAUGUCAUCCACGCGCGGCAGCAAGUGCGCUCUCCCGUCACCAACAUCGCCCGCACCAGCUUCUUCCACGUCAAGCGGUCCAACAUCUGGCUGGCUGCUGUCACCAAGCAAAAUGUCAACGCCGCCAUGGUCUUCGAGUUCCUCUACAAGAUGUGCGAUGUGAUGACCGCCUAUUUCGGGAAGAUCAGCGAAGAGAACAUCAAGAACAACUUUGUGCUGAUCUACGAGCUUCUGGAUGAAAUCCUGGACUUUGGUUAUCCACAGAAUUCUGAGACCGGGGCCCUGAAAACAUUCAUCACUCAGCAAGGAAUCAAGAGCCAGCAUCAGACGAAAGAAGAACAGUCUCAGAUAACCAGCCAGGUGACCGGACAGAUCGGCUGGAGACGUGAAGGGAUCAAAUACCGCCGCAACGAGCUCUUCUUGGACGUGCUGGAAAGCGUGAACCUGCUGAUGUCGCCACAAGGACAAGUCUUGAGCGCCCACGUCUCCGGCAGGGUGGUGAUGAAGAGCUAUCUCAGCGGGAUGCCGGAGUGCAAGUUCGGCAUGAACGACAAGAUUGUGAUUGAGAAGCAGGGCAAAGGGACUGCGGACGAAACAGGGAAAAGCGGGAAGCAGUCCAUCGCCAUCGACGACUGCACCUUCCACCAGUGCGUGAGACUCAGCAAGUUCGACUCGGAGAGGAGUAUCAGCUUCAUACCCCCAGAUGGAGAGUUUGAGCUCAUGAGAUACCGAACCACUAAGGACAUUAUCCUUCCCUUCCGGGUGAUCCCCCUGGUGCGGGAGGUCGGCCGGACCAAGCUGGAGGUGAAGGUCGUGAUCAAAUCCAACUUUAAGCCUUCCCUCCUGGCUCAGAAGAUAGAGGUGCGAAUCCCCACACCCCUGAACACUAGUGGCGUACAAGUCAUCUGCAUGAAAGGGAAGGCGAAAUACAAGGCCAGUGAGAAUGCCAUUGUGUGGAAGAUUAAGCGCAUGGCGGGAAUGAAGGAAUCUCAGAUCAGUGCGGAAAUAGAACUGCUUCCGACCAAUGACAAGAAGAAAUGGGCCCGGCCACCCAUCUCCAUGAACUUUGAGGUCCCAUUUGCACCUUCCGGGCUGAAGGUGCGUUACCUGAAAGUGUUUGAGCCAAAGCUGAACUACAGCGACCACGACGUGAUCAAAUGGGUGAGGUACAUCGGCAGGAGCGGGAUCUACGAGACGAGAUGCUAGCCCUGCGCGACCGCCCGGCUCCCUCGUUUCUCCCCGGCCAGCCUCCCUCGGUCUCAAAGUACAAUUGAAGAGCAUCUCUCUGGCCCCUCCUCCUCUCUCCAGAGGCCGGAAGCUAGACUCCCGCGGCUCCUCUCUGGACAAAAGGACAGUGCCGCCCGCUCAGGUUUUGGUUCCGAUCCGUCACAGCCGAAGCCAGACAGCUCCAAAAGAGCCUGGCCCGGCAUUUUGCUUCUGUUCCGGGACCUGAAAAGGGCCGGUCUAGCCACCCACCACCCCCUCUGUGGCCCUCCUAGGGAACGUCCACGUGUAACGAGCCCUCUUCCGUUGGUAUCACUACUUGCAUCAUAGCCCUAGUAUUUUUGGGAAGUUCUCGUGCGUAUGUACCCGUAGAAUAGGUCUGAGAACCAUAGACUGGACAAACCUUGAGUUGAUUUCCGGCUACUGUACUUGCUUAUUGGCUGUUGUGUGGUGGUUUGUUGCUGUGGGGUGGGAGUGGGGUGUGUGCUGUCCCUUUCCCUCCACCGCCCUUCUGUUGUUGUUGUUGUUGUGUUUUUUUCCUACAGCAGCUUUAGCACAGAGUCCUACUUUGGGAAGGUUUGUGACCAAAAAGGCUGAGGGUUGGCUUUUCUCGCUAGAGGUUGGGGAGACGGGACAGCAUUUCAAACUCUUUGAAGGGCAGAGGUCCUUACAGCACCGAUAGCUGACUAAGCCAGCGCCUUCCUUCUCCACCAAUUCAGAAGUUAGACGCCCAAAUCUUAAAAAGGAAUUUAAAAAGCAAACUAGCAAGCUGACUUAGGGUCAGAGCACCAAGCGCAGGACGUGUUCCCUGCAAUCCACAGUCGGUCAGUUAAGUCGCGCGUCUUCUCCUUCCCCGUCCUCGUCCAAUCAGCUUACGCUUUUCUCCCGCUGAACGCUUUUUGGUCAAUAGAGACGCUUGCUGCGACCCACAAUCCUCUGCUUCAAUAGCGUGACUCUCCCAUUUUGUACACUUGUGAUUUGUCCAGUUCUAAACCUAAUAAAAGUAUGUAGA